UUCAUUAAAGGAGUCUUAGAAAAGCUCUGGAGCCUAGGGGGCGGAGCCGAAGCGUUGAGCGGCUUUGCGCAUGCGCUUCAGCUAGGCGGUUAGAUUUGAAUGCUGCGCUGAGGCUGCUGGGCGUUGUGAGGUGAUGUCCUGAGGCGGCGGUGAGUAGCUUCUAGGGAAGUGUGCUGACCCCAAACAAGUCUGGGAUUUUUGUCAAGCACUUGGGCCGCAGCGGAAAAAUUUUUCUUCAGAAAUGGAUGGGAUGUCUUCAGAGGCUAAUGAAGAAAAUGACACUGUAGAAAGACCUGUUAGAAGACGACAUUCCUCAAUUUUGAAACCCCCAAGGAGCCCUCUUCAGGACCUCAGAAGUGGGAAUGAAACUAUUCAGGAAUCCAAUGCUUUCAGAAAUAAGAAAAAUUCUCGUCGAGUCAGCUUUGCAGAUACUAUAAAGGUUUUCCAGACAGAAUCUCACAUGAAAAUGGUGAAAAAGUCAGAAAUUGCAGAAACAGAAACAGGAGGAAAUGUUCUAAUUAUACAGAAUAACAACCCAGAAGAAAAUCAUUGUGAAAUUACUGGGAUGAAUACAUUGCUUUGUGCUCCCAUUCAGACCCAGAUGCAGCAGAAAGAGAUUUUAACAGAAUACAACCAUGAAAGGAAACAUGCAAAUGACCAGACAGUCAUCUUUUCAGAUGAAAACCAAAUGGACAUGACAGCAAGUCACACUGUGAUGAUUACCAAAGGCCUUUUAGAUUGUAUGAAAAGUGAAAAGUCCACCAAGAUAGAUACCACAUCAUUUCUGGCUAACUUAAAGCUCCACACUGAGGAUUCAAAAAUGAAGGAAGAAUUAAAAUUUCCCAUGGAUCGAAACACUUCCUCAGAAAAGAAAAGAAAUUUCAAUGAUUUUGUAAAAAAAUUGAAAAUAGGAAAAUCGAAUGCUUCUCCUUUUACAGGACCUGAUAAAGAAAAUUCUGAGAUGGAUUUUCAUUCCAAAGACUCAAAUGGGGCCUCCUCUAUACAUCAAAUGCAUGUAUCUCUUAGUGUAGAUGAAAAUAGCAAUAAUAUGACUAGAUUCUUUAGAGAACAAGAUGAUGAGAUGAAUUUUACCCAUUGUCAUACAGCCAAUAUUCAGACUUUGGUUCCCACAUCAAGUGAGGCCAGUGUAAGGGAAUUUAAAGGUGAUGAUGAUACAAUUUAUGGCAAUGACUUAAUGGACUUGACAGUUAACCACACUAUACAGAAGUUACCUUCAACACGUAAUCUGUCUGAUAUAGAAAAUCAAACUCAGAAUGUCAUGAUGGAUGUUUCAACAGGUUAUGGAACUAAAGCCCCAGGACAGAAGAUAGCCUUUAAGGAUAAACUGAAUGAUGCUUUUCAAGACCCUUCCUUAAACCCUAAAGGUGAAAUACAUAUUACCAGAAGUCAUAUUACAGGGAUAGAAAUUCAGACAGUUACACAGACAUCCAACCAAGAUAUCAGAACAUUGGACAUGAUCCCAGGAUCUAUGUGUUCCAGUCCAGCUAUUCAAGAUUCUAAGACAUGUUUCUCUUCUACUUGUAGUGAUGCAAUGGAACUAACCAAGUGUCUCUCAAGUAUGAGGGAGGAAAAAAAAUUGCUAAAGCAUGACAGUAAUUAUUCUAAAAUGUAUCCCAGUCCAGAUGCCUUCUCUCUUCUCAGAGAGAAAACUGUUUAUUCAGGAGAGGAUAGCAUGGACAUUACCAAGAGUCACACAGUUGCAAUAGACAAUCAAAUUUUUAAACAAGAUGAGACAAAUGUACAGAGAGCAGCCACAUCAGUAUCUGAAAAAGAAAUGGUGCCCCCAAAUCAUAUAAUUAUGUCGGAGGAUGGGGAAAUGAAAGUAAAUUGUAGCUCAAAGCCCCUUGUAUCUAAGGAAAGAUUGCAGCAGAGCUUGGAAAAUCCUUUAUUUAUUUCAUUGACUGACAAAAAGACUGAAAUCUUCACAGAUAAAGAUAUGGAUUUGACUAAAAGUCACACAGCUAAUUUAGGAAGUCAGUCACCUCUUGCCUCUUACAGUUUGGCAUCUGUGAAUGUCAGUAAAUCUCACUUUCAUAGCAAAAGUCCUUCCGAUGAAUGGGAAGAAAUGACCAAAGGUCAUAUUGAAUUAUCUCAGAAAACAAACAUAAUAUCUAAAAACAUACCAAAUGAUACCUGGGACAAGGAAAAAGAUCAAGUUUUGAAGAUUGCACCCUGUCUUGAUAAAAAUUCUCCUCAGUCACCUGAUAUGCACCAGGACAUAGCAGUGAGCCAUAGUAUAGUAUACUCUGGUGGAGGUCUUGAUAAACAAGUACAACUGGGAAAUAACAGAAAUACAAUUUCUUGUGAGCAAUCUUUGUUUCCUACUACAAAGCCAUUAUUUUCAUCCAAAGGACAGUCUGCCAUGAGAAGUCAUAAUAUUGCUGUUAACAAUCAAACAGUGGAAUCUGUAUCAGGCCAGAAUUCUGAACUGCCUGAGUCACUGAGGAAAAGUGUAGGCAAUUCCAUGCCUGACUGUUCUCACAACGAGAAAAUUAUUUGUUCAAAGAAGGGGCAAAAUAUAGAUUUAAUCAAAAGUCACACUGGUUUCAUUGGAUUUGGCCCUUCUGAAGUUCUAGAACUGGGUAAGACUAAUUUAGAAGACACUAACAAUCAGCUAACAACAGUAAAUAGGCAGAUAGCUGUGAAAGUUGAAAAAUGUAAUGAAAGUCCUAUAGAAAAAACAGGAGUAUUUAUUUCUAAUGAUACCAUGGAUUUAUCUGAGGGCAAAAAUAGACAGAAAACUGGAAUUCUGAAUGAAAAGCAAGACAUCAAAAUUUGUGGAAGGAAAAGUCUUGGCAGACUAAAAAUUGAUAAGACUAUUGUAUUUUCAGAGGGAGAUGAGAAUGAUAUGGAUAUCACCCAGAGUUAUACAGUAGAAAUAAAUCAUAGACCUUUAUUGGAUGAACAUGAUUCCCAUUUGGUGCCUUUGGAAGGAACUUCUAAAACUGUUUUGUAUACAUGUGGGCAGAAUGACAUGGAGAUCACCAGAAGCCACACAACUGCCAUAGAAUGUAAACCUGUCUCACCAGAUAAAAUAACCACUAGGCCUAUAGACAAAACUGUAGUGUUUGUAGAUAAUCAUGAAGAACUAGAAAUGACAAAAUCCCACACUGUUUUCAUCGACUACCAAGCAAAGGGGAGAACUUUGCUUCCAGACCAACCUAACUUUGAACUAUCCAAAAGAAAAAACCUAGGAAAAUCAAAAGUGACACCAACUUCUGCUGAGGGGAGAGUUUUCUUUCCAGAGAAUGAUGAAAAUGAUUGUUCAGUAGCAAAAGUCAUCCAGCUACUACCAGGGGAAUGGUCUAAUAGUCAUCCUUUAGAGAAAGCUGUAGCAUUUAUAGCUGAUGAUAACGUGGAAGUAUCUAAUAAAUCAGCCAUUUGGAAAAAUGACAAAAAUGUACAACAGCCUGGAUUUCAGAAUGAACACUUGUCAGACAAAAGUCAGAGAAGGAAAAGCCUUAGCCUCAAGAAUGACAAGAGCAUAGCAUUUUCAAAGAAUGAUGAAAAUGAUAUGGAUGUCAUCCAGAGUUGUACAACGGAAAUAAAUAACAAAUGUGUUCCUGAAGAUAGAGAGGACUUCCGUUUGGUGCCUUUGGAAGGAACUUCCAAAACUGUUUUGUAUACAUGUGGGCAGGAUGACAUGGAGAUCACCAGAAGUCACACAACUGUCUUAGAAUGUAAAACUGUCUCACCAGAUAAAAUAACCACUAGGCCUGCAGACAAAACUGUAAUGUUUGUAGAUAAUCACAGUGAUCUGGAAGGUACUAAGUCCCACACUGUUUUCAUUGAUUGCCAAGCCACAGAGAAAAUACUUCAAGAGUGCCCUAAAUUUGGAACAGCAAAAGAAAAAACCUUGGGUGUUUCUUUUCCCAAGGAUGAUAGCUCUGUUCAAGAAAUCACUAAAGAACAAACAUUGGCUGUAGAAAACAAAAUUGUUUUCCACCCUGAGCAAAAGCGUCAUGUGAUAACCUGUGUUCCUACUAAUACAUUGUCUGGAGGUCAAUGUGAAACAGAAAUCAAAUUCCAUAGCACUGCUAUCAAUGAAAAGGUCAUGAAAGUUGCAGGCCAGGCCUGUACACUAGAAAAACCCAAAAUUGAAAGCUGUCACUUAAAUAGUAGAGAUAGAAGAAAUGUGGAUUUUAAAAACAGUCCUGUAGCUUCUAUUUUUGGAUCUGGUGAUAAUUAUUCCUGUUUACCUAAUGUUACUUCCCUUUUUGAUAAUUUGGAGGGGAAUGCCAUGUCCUUAUGUGAUAAAAAUGUAAAAGCCAGUUAUUGCCCGGUGCAAAAUGAUCUUGCUUGUGCAGCUAAUUUGGCCAGUGAACAUUAUUUGAAAUCUGAUGGACUGCCUCUUUCUGCUCCCUGUUCUUUGUUAGAGAAGGAAAAAGUUGUUCAAACUAAUACCCAAGGACAGUUAGACCGUGUCAUAACAGUGCUCAAAGAUCAAGAUCUGAUUAAGGACCCCUCAAAUCUACCAGCUAAUGAAACUUUACUUGGUGGUGAAGAUUUGGGGGAGAUGACUAAACUUAACUCAAAGCAAGUAUCUUUUAAGUUUUCAAGAGAUCGGAUGGAGGCCUUUGUUGAUGAUAUUUGUGUUGCUUCUCAGCAGCAUCGGUCAACCCAGUUACCUCCUUCACCUCAACAAGAACAGAGUAUUGUCAAUAAAGAUGAAUCAGUUUUGUCUAAAGCUGGAAAUAAGAAUGUAAAUAUUGUUAGAGGAAAUUCUUCUGUACUUUCAUGUGAAAAUGACUCUAAAAUGCUCAAUAAUGAGAAACAGUUUAUUUCAGAAAAAGAACUGAAGGAAAAUAUUCAAACUGCCAAAUGUAAUGUAGUUAUCGAUUUCCAUAGUAACUCAGACUUGACUAAGCAAGUUGUUCUAACUCAUAUCAAUCCUAGAGAGACAUCAGAUCCUGUAAUGGCAUCAAAUGCUGCAAACUUUAGUACUGUCAAACCAAAUCUGAAUAAUUUGAAUGGAAAAACUGAAGAAUUUUUAGAUUUCCAACCAGUUCAUAUACCACCUUCUCCAGAACAAUUACUUGAAUUAGUAAAUAAGGCACACAGUGAUAUGAGUAUAGUGCAAGCUACAGAAAUACAUAAUGUUAACAUAGUGUCUAGCAAUGUUAAAGAUGAUAGAGAUGAAGAAAAUAAAAUUUCUCAUAAUAAAGCUGAAACUAAUUCUGUAUCGUCAAUGACAGUUGUAAAAGAUAAAGUGAAGAGAUGUUCUUUGGGUAUAUUUUUGCCCAGACUGCCAAACAAGAGAAAUUGUAGUGUCACCGGUAUUGAUGACCUGAAGCAGAUUCCAGCAGAAACAACUGAUUUAAAUCACUUGGAAACUCAGCCAGUCUCCAGUAAGGAUUCAGGCACUGGAUUUGUUGCAGCUAAACUGGACUUAAGUCCCUCUCAAUAUAUAAAUAAGGAAAAUCUCCCUAUAUAUCCUGGUGAGGUUAAUUUGUCAGAUUCUAUUAGCAUAGAUAUUGAGGAAAACGCCUUGACUGAGACAUACCAAAAAGAGAUUUCACCAUCUGAAAAUAAAAUGGAAGAAGGCUGCAAUAGCCAGAAAAGAACCUGGGUACAAGAAGAAGAAGAUGAUAUUCAGAAUGAGAAAAAAAUCAGAAAAAGUGAGAUUAGGUUUAAUGAUACUGCACAAGAUCAGGAGAUUUUUGAUCACCAUGCUGAAGAGGAUAUAGAUAAAAAUGCUAACAGUGUGUUGAUAAAAAGCCUGAGCAGGACUCCAUCUAGUUGCAGCAGUUCUCUGGAUUCAAUCAAAGCUGAUGGGACCUCUCUGGACGUUAGCACACACCCCAGUACUCAGAUAGAAUCACAGUUUCUCAGAGAUACUGUUUGUGAGCAGAGCUUGAUGGAGAAAUUCAGAGAUGGAAGAAUAACAAUAAAGGAGUUCUUUAUACUUCUUCAGGUCCACAUUCUAAUACAGAAACCCCGACAGAGCAAUCUCCCGGCCAAAUUUACUGUAAACACACCACCUACUCCAGAAGACCUGAUGUUAAGUCAAUGUGUUUACCGGCCCAAGAUACAGAUUUAUAGAGAAGAUUGUGAAGCUCUUCGCCAGAAGAUUGAAGAAUUAAAGCUUUCUGCACUGAACCAAGAUAAACUGUUGACUGAUGUAAAUAGGAACCUGUGGGAAAAAAUGAGACACUGCUCUGAUGAGGAGCUCAAGGCCUUUGGCACUCACCUGAACAAAAUAAAAUCACGUUUUACCAAGAUAACUAAAAUCUUCACUCAUCAAGGAAAAGUGGCUCUAUACAGCAAGCUGGUACAAUCGGCUCAGAAUGAGAGGGAGAAACUUCAGAUAAGGAUAGACCAGAUGGACAACAUACUUAAGAAGAUGGAUAACUGUCUCACUGAGGUGGAAAUAGAAACUAAGAGUUUGGAGGAUGAACAGAAAAACAUUCCUAUGGAAGAAUGGGAUUCUAAAGUGAGAGCUGCCGAGAAAGAACUGGGACAGCUGAAAACUGAGGAAGAAAAACUUCAAAGAAAUCUGUUAGAACUGGAGGUACAGAAAGAGCAGACACUUACUCAAAUAGACUUUGUGCAAAAACAAAUAAGCAGAACUGAAGAACUACUGGAUCAGUUGAGCUUGACUGAAUGGGAAAUCGUGGAGUGGAGUGAUGACCAAGCUAUAUUCACCUUUCUUUAUGACACAAUAGAACUCACCAUUACCUUUGGAGAGCCAGCAGUUGGUCUUCCUUUCCUGGACAAAGCUUAUAGGAAGAUUGUUGACCUGCAUUUUCAAUCUCUGUUAGAUGGGGAUAAAGCUCCACCUUCCUCCCUUUUAGUUCAUAACCUUAUUUUCCAGUAUAUUGAUCAACAGGAAUCCUGGAAGAAGAAAUGUUCAACACAGCAUCAGGUACCCAAGAUGCUUCAAGAAAUCUCACAGGUAGUAAGCCAUUGCAAACUCCUUGGAGAAGAAAUUGAGUUUUUAAAACGAUGGGGACCAAAUUAUAACCUGAUAAACAUAGAUGUGAACAAAACUGAAUUGAGGCUUUUAUUCUCCAGCUCAGCAGCAUUUGCCAAGUUUGAGAUAACGUUGUCUCUUUCGGCUCAUUAUCCAUCUGUCCCAUUAUCUUUCUCUAUUCAAAAUCACCUUGGAAACAUUGGCCAAGAUGAAAUUGCUGUCAUUCUAUCUAAAGUGCCACUGGAAGACAACUACCUAAAGAAUGUAGUCAAGGAAAUUUACCGAAGUAUGCUUCAGGACGAUUGCCAUUUCUACCACUAAACCCGUGGACUACAGUUGUAACAAUCAAGCACAGUACACUUGAUAAGAAUAUUAUGUCUGAGUCGCCAUGCUGUUUAUCUUUAGUUUCCAGAAGCCUGGUAAAAUUCCUUUUGAUAAUGUUAUAGUUAAUUUGUAACUAUUAAAUCUCUGCAGUCAGGAAUGAUGAAAGGCCUUAAAAAGCUUGCUAUCAACGUGCUCAUCCUUCUACCAAAGUUUUAAGAAGUAGAACACUUAGGGAAAAUUUUUCCUAACUAAAGUUGUGCUGUCUGCUUUAGUACAAGCCCUAAGGAGUAACUUCGAAGUAUAACAGGAAGCAUCACCACCGACAAAAACAUUAGCCAUUUUCCCAUAUACAGGGCUAUGACUUUUAGGUUGCUGGCUUCUGCCUACCAGGUAUUUCUGGGGUAGACAUGUCUAUCUACAAACUAUUUAUCCUCCUUUUUCUCCAUUCCAGAGAUGUUAAGAGAAAGCAAUAGCGCUCAGCUGUUGCAAUGGUUGUGAUCUUUUCUUGAGGGCCUUGCCUUAUAUAGUGUCUAUUAGUAUUUUCCUAAUAAGUAUCAUUUUGAGGGAAAGUUAAUUAAUUUUUGGCCCAAUACAUACAUGUAAACAUACAUAUUAUUGUUGUGUUUGUGAUACAGUGAGGAAAUACAUAUAGAAAUACAUGGAGUUGUAUAGAGAGAUACCCUUCUGCCUGGGCUGUUUUCAUCUUUCUGAAGGAUGCUUUACAGGAAGAUUCUCAGUCUCCUUUUAUUUAAUAACCAACUUCAAACAAUAUCACACCCAAAACACCAGUUGUGUCAAGUUCUAGCAAUGGUAAUGAACUUAAUAUUAGUGUUGGUUUCUGAAGCCAUACCCUUCUCAUAUGAACAUCCACCUAUUUGAAAACUCAGAUAAGAUUAAAAUAUCUGAGGACCUUAAUGAAGGAAGUAGGUACAAACCAUAGUUAAUCCCUGUGUCGCUGAAGAACAGUAAAAGAAAAUUGUUUUGAAGUUCCUCAUGAAACUAUCAUUUCUCAAAAAUGAGCACAUCCAUUGAUAUUGAAUGAUCAGUAUUAUCUGUAAGACAGACAAAUAUGAAAAAACCUUACCCAAUCUGUAGUCAAAUCCUAAUCAUGAUAAUUUGAUUCUUAUAAGUCUAAACUAAGAUAUAUUUGCAUUUUUAAAUAUUUUGCUUUAUACUUCAGGAUCAGGUUAAAUUCCUGUGGUCCUAUGAAUGUUAUCUUUCCUUUUGAUUGGCUUUUUUUCUCAGCUAUUACUCAAAGGAUCAAAUGGUCUUUUAAGCUUCAAAAGUCAAAAUUCAUUUGUCAUAAAAAUAAAGAUGUAGGUGUUCUCUAUUUUUGCAAACUUCUUAAAAAACUUUUUAAAGUCACUAAUAUUGUCUGUUACCCAUGAAACUUAGUUUUCUUACUGGAGUUGUUUUAUUUCUUUUCUAUAAGCCUAAAAAAUAAAAGUUUUGUAUUAUGCAUUUUGGUAACCUGGAAAGGACAGUUCCAAGAAUGAUUUGGCUUGUAAUAAUGGUCUCUGCUUUCUCAGGUUUGAAGUACAUAAUUGUAAUAUUUUUUUCUAGUUAUUUGCAUUUGUAUUUGUUCAAAGUAUUGGCUAUUUUUAUAACAUUCUUUGGAAGUUUUUCCUUUACUGAUGGG